UUGACGCUUGACAAUUUACAUAAAUUGCAAAUGGCAGAAGCUGUCAUGUUGUCUUAAAAAUUCUGUUAUUUGUUAAUGAUAUUUUGAAAAGUAUCAAUUUUAAACUGCCGUUACAUGAAAAGUGUUGUUUUUUGAAUCGGUAAAAUAAGCUACAAAAAUAAAAAAUGGCAAAGUUAGUGGACGUUUAUCAUCCGUCAAAAACACUCAACAGGAGACAACUACCCUUAGUGAUUGAUGAAACUUUAACGAUGGUGAUGGAUUUAAAGUCUGUGGGAUUAGUAUCAGAUAACCAACAAGUAAAAGGUAAAGAACUCGAAGAUUUUGUCCGUAAGAUGAGUUUGUUAAAUGAGGAAGAAUUAAGUCAUUCUUUAGAAGUAACUCGAUCAGAAAUACUCAAAGUUUUAAAUCAGGCUGUUCCCUGUGUUGGAUGUCGUAGAAGUGUUGAGCGAUUAUAUUAUCAAUUAUUUAAAUAUGGACAUCCAACAUUAGAUCCAUUAGUUGUAAAAAAAGAUGGAAUUAUAACCGUGCGAGAAGAUAAACAGAAUUCACCCCAGUUUUUGUGCAAUUUAUUUCAUGGGCAUAGUACACGACUGAAUCAUGUAGUCGAUAGUCAACCGAGACGCAACAAAAAAAGUCAUCGUUGUUUAUUACAUUCCCUGGAUACCCAAAGAAGCCGUCCUAUAACUCCCGCCUGGCGAGACGUUUGGGAGUGUAUGCGAUUGGAUUGUAAGAAAAAAGUGUGUACCAUCGAAGAAGCUAGUCUACAUACGACUUUAGAAACUUAUUUAAGAAAACAUAGGUUUUGUAGUGAAUGUCGUACUAAAGUUCUUAAAGCCUACAGUUUAUUAAUAGAAGAUUCGAAAUGUAAUGAUAAAGGUUACGUUAAAACAUUAUACAACGGAAUAACCCAUUGCAAAUCAAAACACAUCCAUCUAAAUCCAGAGACUGAAGUCAUCCCGAAAUUAAUAAGCCGUGCCGAACCGGAAUUAUUGGGUAGCAGAAGAGAACGUCACGCAAAAACACUCGAAAUUGCUCAAGAGGAAGUUUUAACAUGUAUAGGGAUUUGUAUGUACGAAAGACUUCAUCGUAUUUACAUACGCAUGCGUGAAGAAGAAUGUACAUGUCAAGUUUUUGCAGCGGUUGCAAUCGACGCUUUAUGGACGAGUUUUGAAACCGCUGUAGAACACAAACAAGGAAUUUCUCAAUUAGAAUUACUCUACGCGGAAUUAACGCGAAAAGAACAACAAAAACAAUUACGUAAAGAACAGAAAAAAUUGAAAAGGAAACGUAAAAAAGAAAAAUUAAUGGAGCAGCAUUUUAAAAGUUGUGAUGGUUGUGAUGGUGAAGAAGAAAUGGAUGAUGAUGGGAAGAUAUUGGAUGAGGAAAAAAUUUGUACAUGCAAUGAUACGUUUUUGAAAAUCAAAUUAAAAGAAAAAAGUACUGCGUGUGAUGAAUGGUUAGAUUGCAAAUGUAAUCAUACUGGGAUGAAAAAUGGAAAAUGUGAUGAUUACAUACAAAGGAAAUUUAUGAAAGAAAGUAGUUCAUCAAGUGAUCAUUCCCAUGAUUGUGGAUAUUCUUCUGAAAAUAAUAAUGGAUGUUGUGAAUUUAAUUCGUUUGGAUCAAGUUUACCUAGUUCGCCAGAAGGAUCAGAAGUUGCUUGUCCUGAUGGUUGUUGUGAAUCCGAAAAUGAUUAUAUUCCAUAUAAUAGGUUUACUUAUGGAAAUGGGCAUCAACUUAGUUUACAAGAAAUGUUAGAUGAUCAUUUUUAUAGCGAUGAUGAUAGUGAUUGUUAUAUAACGCCUGAAGAAGUGCAAGAGUUCAAAGUGAACAAUAGUAGAGUGUAUGAAAUGCGUCAACAGUUAAGGGAAACGUUACAAAAGCGAUUCGCACAGUUAUGCGUCAAUGGACCAUUGCAGGUGCCAAGAUUACUAACUCCGACGAAAUUCAUCGCAAAUUAGAUACUCUUUGUUUAAAGCGCGCUAUAGAUAAAAGAAAAAGUUCAGUGCAAACGAAAAAAAGUCAAAGUUGAAAUCGUUGAUAUUUUUUUAAAUGUUUCUUUUUGUUUUUCAGUAUCUUAAAGGGGUUUCUUUUUUUUUUCUUCUUAUUUUAAGAAUCUAUUUUUAAAAAUCAAUUUUUUUUUCAGUCUUUUUUGUCAGUUUUCUUUUUGUAAAAAUGUUUUUUAGUGUGGAUCAUAAAGAUACUGUUGAUUUUUUGAUCUCCAUUUGUUACAUUAGAGUAAUGAAAAUUCUAUUCUUUUUGGAUAUUAUAAUGGGAACUUUAAAUGUUGCAUUCCAAGAAGGUUUUAUUGUUAAUAGUUGUUUUAUCCUCCUUUUUGUAUGGUUGUGCUGUUUGUACAUACAGCAUAGAAUUUACUGUACGUAAAAAUCCCGAAAUAAAAAUUUCAAAAAUG